GAUGCUUCCUCUGCCACUCUUACCAGAAGGAGAACAAAGCUCCACACUCACUCCAAUUCUCCCCACCUUCAAAACCCUAGCCCUAACCCUGACCAUGACCCUGACCCUGACCCUGACCCUAACCCUAAACCACAAGACUUCAUAACCCACUUUCAUGGCCCCAAGCUUCACGAAGCCCUAAACAGGAACUUCAAAGCUCCUUUCAUGGCUACCUCUGAAAAACCCAGUUCACUUCACCUUGGAAGUCCCUCUCAUGGCUUCGGCCACUUUUUUAAACCCUGACUAGUAGUUUGGGAGUAUUUUUCGCAGUGUUCCGUGUCUGAAAACCAAAGGCGAGCUCUAUGUGAAUGCCGCAUUUUUGUCUCUGAGCCUGUAAUAGAAGCCAUGAAGGACUCAGGUAGAAGCACCCAAGACCAGAAAACACUAGAUAUUAUGGGCCAGAAGGGCUCUGGAUCUGAGAGGCCAGGUCCAAGGCAUCCAAAGAUUGAGCCAUUUGUUCCAAUUAGUAGCAAUUUCAAUCCUAAUGAUUUGAAGACUUGGGCGAAGAGGACCGGUUUUAACCCUAAUCUCUCUGGUGAGACUACAACCAGUGCGAGUGACAUUGGUCAGGAUUUAGAGAGAGGGGAGAAGAAUAAUAAGGGAGAAGCAGAGAGAAGAGCUGAAAUCGAGCCAGUUUCUAGCACGAGGGUUGGGGGAAACAGUAAUGGCAAUGGAGACUCAACAGUGAAUCGGAGGAGGACUCGGGCAAAGAUUCCGACGAGUAUCCCGGCCAAUAAUGGAGAUCCGGUGAAUUCUCCGGCGAAAGUUGGCCCUGCUCCUUCUCCUUCUACUCCUGCCACCCCUGCUCCUGCUCCUGCUCCUGCUCCUGCUUCUGCCCCUGCUCCUGCUCCUGCUCCAACAGAGACGCAAAAGGAAUUGGAGAUUGAUGUUUUAUCACUGUCACAGGAUGGUGAAGAUUUGGUGUUGCCUCAGAGGCUAGAGAUGAAGUAUGGACCAGGAGAUGACCCUGGUUAUGUACCCCUUAUUUUCUAUGGCAUGCAGCACUACUUAUCAUUGGCUGGUUCUCUUGUUUUUAUUCCUGUGAUACUUGUACCUGCCAUGGGUGGAACUGAUGAAGACACUGCCAUAGUGAUAUCAACGGUGCUCUUGGUAUCUGGAUUUACAACAAUACUGCAUUCUUACUUUGGCAGCAGACUUCCGCUGGUUCAAGGAAGCUCGUUUGUUUAUUUGGCACCAGCUUUAGCUAUCAUAAACUCUCAAGAAUUUCGGAAUCUUACUGAUAAUAAGUUUAAACACAUAAUGAAGGAACUUCAAGGAGCUAUCAUUGUUGGUUCAGUUUUCCAGAGCAUCAUAGGCUACAGUGGUCUUAUGUCCCUCUUCUUAAGAUUAUUAAAUCCUGUGGUGGUUGCACCAACAGUUGCUGCAAUAGGUUUAUCAUUUUUCAGCUAUGGAUUUUCUCAAGCUGGCACUUGUGUAGAAAUCAGUAUUCCCCAGCUUCUAUUGGUUGUCAUUUUUUCUUUGUACCUUCGAAGAAUUUCCUUGUUUGGGCAUCGUAUAUUCCAGGUUUAUGCGGUUGCGCUUAGCGUGGCCAUUGUAUGGGCAUAUGCUUUCCUUUUAACAAAAGGUGGGGCUUACAACUAUAAAGGCUGCAAUCCAAAUAUACCUAGUUCGAAUAUCUUAUAUGAUGCAUGCAAGAAACAUGCAUUCACCAUGAAGCAUUGCCGAACUGAUGUUUCCAGUGCAUGGAGAUCAGCAGCAUGGGUGAGGAUUCCUUAUCCUUUACAGUGGGGAAUACCCACGUUCCAUUUCAGGACAUCUAUUAUAAUGGUCUUUGUCUCAAUCAUUGCGACGGUGGAUUCGGUCGGAUCUUAUCAUGCUGCAUCAUUACUGGUUAAUUCAAGGGCCCCAACCCCAGGCAUUGUUAGUAGAGCGAUUGGGUUGGAAGGAAUCACAAGCUUGUUGGCUGGACUCUGGGGCAUGGGAACCGGAUCGACAACCCUAACUGAGAACAUGCAUACCAUUGCUGUGACAAAGAUGGGUAGUCGAAAGGCAAUCAAUCUAGGAGCCGGGCUUUUGAUCCUUUUCUCACUUGUAGGGAAAGUGGGUGCUAUUAUUGCGUCAAUGCCGCAGUCUUUGGCUGCUUCUGUAUUGUGUUUCAUGUGGGCCAUGGUAGUGGCUCUUGGCUUAUCAACUCUACGAUACACUGAAGCCCGAAGCUCUAGGAAUAUGAUAAUUGUGGGCCUCUCUUUGUUCUUCUCGCUGUCCAUUCCUUCAUACUUUCAGCAAUAUGGAACCAAUUCAACCCUUGUUGUCCCGAGCUAUUUUGUUCCUUAUGUAGCAGCUUCAAAUGGACCGAUCCAUACUGGGAGUAAAUCCCUAAAUUACGGGCUAAAUGCCAUUCUUUCGCUUCACAUGGUGGUUGCUUUUCUUGUGGCCUUUGUUUUGGAUAACACCGUUCCUGGAAGCCGGCAAGAGAGAGGAGUAUAUGUCUGGUCGACAGCUGAUGAUAUAAGAAAUGACCCAUCUCUUCUAGCUGACUAUUCACUGCCUUCAAGAAUCAGUCGGUGCUUCAGGUGGUCGAAAUGUGUUGGUGCAUGAAUCAUACAAUUCCACAGAUACUGAAGAAGAAAAAGAGAGAAGAUAAGAGGAUUGGUUGAGUUUUAAAUCUGGCUUGGGUGUUAUAGCAAAUCCGAUUUAAUGAUUGGGUAUUCAUUAUUUGAAAUUCUUUUCUCCAUUUUUAGAUGGUUAAGGUAUACUGAGGUUAGCAGGUUCAGUGUUUUGGGGAAAGGGAUAAGGAGAGAUGUAGAUGUUGUUUAUGAUUUUUUUUCCCAUUACAUGUAUAAUGUAUUGUUCAGUUGUCAUUUGUAAGGAAAUAUGUCAAUGAAUAGAAUUUUGAUUUAAAUCCAAUGAACAGAUUACUAUCA